UACCAGAGAAGGGCGGUGUUAAGAAGAGUCAGAUGAACAACAGCACAGAGAGAAAUUCGUUUUUUUGCCCAACUUUCAUCAUCGGAAGGCCUCACUCUACAGCUCUUCUGCAAAAGACUAAUCGAUAAAGAAGGGAAAUUAAAAGGUAUUUACAGUUGAAUUACGUUACAGCUGUUGUUUCUAGUUGAAUGACAGGAAGUUAACUUUCUAUUAACUUCCUGUUAAUACUCUCCCUGCCCUGAGUCAAGUGCGCGGCAGAGAAAGAAACAGCAGCAGAAGAAAAAACAUGUAGAAAACAGGUGAACUACUAACUACUAUUGGUUCAGAUGGGAUUAUUACUCCUAAAGAUGCACAACAACUUUGUGUUGAAAUCUUCAUGACUGGGGACGCUUUGACAACGUGAACCACAGGAGCCCCUAUUCCUCGGUGCUGUAAAGAUGUUGAAAGCUUCGAGUCAAGCUCAGAAGCAUCUGAGUGAGGAGGACAGCUCUGGAUCGGAUGCCGGGUCAGAGGUCAGUCUGGAACCAGAGACGGACCGGUUUGGCUUCAUUCUGACCAAUGGAUCCACAGCUGGGACUAUGGGGCCAUCCCCUGAGCUUGUCAGGCAGCGGGAGGCCAAAUGGAUCAACAUCAUGAGCCAAUGGGACCGCAUCUUGAUAAAGAAGAGCAACAAGGUCAAGCUGCAGUGCCAGAAAGGAAUCCCUGCCUCGCUACGAGCGAAGUGUUGGCCCCUGCUAUGUGGAGCAACAGACAGAAUGAGACAAAAUAAAGGCCUGUAUGAGUCUCUAGACUCACAGCCAGGUCUGCAGAGCUGGGUGGAUAUAAUUGAGAGGGAUCUAGAUCGACAGUUCCCCUUCCAUGAGAUGUUCCUCUCCAAAGAUGGACACGGGCAGCGGGGCUUGUUCCGGGUGCUGAAAGCAUACACCCAGUUCCAGCCAGAGGAAGGUUACUGCCAGGCUCAGGGGCCGGUUGCUGCGGUGCUGCUGAUGAACAUGCCUGCUGAGGAGGCCUUCUGGUGUUUGGUUCAGAUCAGUGAGCAGUACCUGCCUGGAUACUAUAGCCCUCUGCUGGAGGGAGUGCUGUUUGAUGCAGCCAUUCUUUCCUGGGUCCUGAAGAAGACGUGCCCAGCUGCACACAAACAUCUCCAGCAGCACGGGGUGGAGCCCCUCAUGUUUGCCACUGACUGGUUGAUGUGUCUGUUCACACGUCACCUGCCAUUUAACACACUUCUCCGAGUAUGGGACCUCUUCUUCUGCUAUGGUGUGAGGGUGCUGCUCCAGGUGGCGGUGGUGUUGGUGCGUCGUGUCCUGGGUCGGGCUGAGCAGAGGAAGCAGUGCCCAGGCCAGAUGGAGACGCUGGAAAGGCUAAGGGGUGUCAGGGAACACGUUCAGGAGGAGGAGGAAUCAUUCAUAGCAGAGGUUUGUUCCGUGCCGCUCUCAGGUAAAGACCUGGAGAGGCGGACGGAGAAGGAGUUGGAUAGGUGGAGGAAAGACAAACCCACAUCUACAUUCGACCCUCGGGGUCGCUGCUACGGAUAUCGGAUGGCGUGGGCAAGAGCUCGACAGCGAGAGGAAGAACGGGAGAAGAAGGAAAGACAAACAGGGAAUCUGUCCAUCCCUCUUGCCCGCUCCGCCUCUACUCUUUCUCUGUCUCCUUCCCUUCUUCACAAGAGGUUUAGGAAAGGAGGGAAAGUCAAUGCUAGUGAAUGGGAGAGCGGCAAAAAAGUGGUGAGGCAUCUUUCAAUGGGAGCAAAAGAGGACUGGAAGAGCUGGAGUGAUUUAGAAUUCAAGAAGGUUCAAGGUGUCCAAGAAGAGGAUUUAGCGUCAGACGGACAGAAAACAGAGAACGAGGCGAAGCUGACAGAAGAUCAACAGGAAGAAAACAAAAACUCACCAACAGAGCAGAGAGAAGAAACGAUGAAAGAAGAGAAAAAGGCUGAGCCUUUGGAAGAAAAGGAGAACAGCAAAGAAAAAGGAGAAAUCAUAAUCAUUUUAGAAAAUACAGAGGACUGUCAAUCUGUGGAAAACAAAUCCCAAACUGCUGAAGAAUCGUCUCAGUGUGAGGAGAUGGUCGAUCCAAACCAAACACAACCUCUGGAGGAGGACGAUGAGCAGAGCCAUGAGGAGGAAACCGGAGAUAGAGAAAUGAAUCAGAAGGUAGAGAAUGAGGAAAAGCUGCAAAAUACAGAACUAUCAUCUGUUCAGGAAGAACCAGAGAACAAAAAUAAUGAGGAUAGUGAAGAUCCAGAAAUUAUUAAUGAGACAGAGAACCCAGGAAAGCUGCAAAAUACACAACAGUCACAUGUUCUAGAAGAACCAGUGAACAGCAGACAUGAAGAGGAAAGCACAGACUUAGAAAUAAAUCAGAUAGAAAACCCAGAAAAGCUGGAACAUAAAGAGAAAUCAGCUGUUCUGGAAGAAUCGGGAAACAGCAAACAUGAAGAGGAGAGUGCAGACUUAGAAAUAGAUCUGAUAGAAAUGCCAGAAAAGCUGGAAAAUAUAGAGAAAUCAGCUGUUCUGGAAGAACCAGGAAACAGCACACAUGAAGAGGAGAGUGCAGACUUAGAAAUAGAUCUGAUAGAAAACCCAGAAAAACUGGAAAAUAUAGAGAAAUCAGCUGUUCUGGAAGAACCAGGAAACAGCACACAUGAAGAGGAGAGCACAGACGUACAAAUAAAUCUGAUAGAGAACCCAGGAAAACUGGAAAACACAGAGAAAUCAGCUGUUCUGGAAGAACCAGGAAACAAAAACAAUGAGUAUAAUGGAGAUCCAGGAAUUAGUAAUGCAACAGAGAACCCAGGAAUGCUGCAGAAUACAGUACAAUCACAUGUUCUGGAAGAACCAAGCAAUGAGCAGGAGAAGGAGACGACAGAGAUGCACGAGGAAGAGGAGAACCCUACAGCUAAUAGCAGAAAUAAGGAGGAGUUGGAGGAACAUCCCACUGAGACUCAGAGUGAAAACAUAAACACAAAAACAGAGACUCAGCUUCAGAUUCUCACAGAGUCAUGGGAGGAGCCGGCCACACAAGCUGACAUGAAACCAGAGGCGGCUACAGAAACUGAAAAUUCCCAACUGCCGCAGCGAGACGCGGUCACAGAGAGAAGUGAGACAAACCUGGACUCUGAAUCGCACCAAGACCUGGAUCCUAAAACUGACACACAACAACAAGAAGAAGAAGGAACGAUCACAGAGCACAGCUCUGAAUCACUGGUAGAAACAGAAAAAGCAGAGGCACACACCCACUUAGACACACAAACUGAUGUCCUGGCAGAGAAUACAGCUCUGCAGGACGAACUGAAUGAAGAAACAACACAAACAGAGGGAGAAUCACAGACACCACCUGAAAGCCCCAAAGGAGAGGAGGAGAAUGAAAUAAGCAUCUCCGUUAAAGAAGUAGAAGCAGUGAUAAAUGGACAAAUAGAGGAGGCCGCUGUGUCUGGACAUGCAGAGACACAAGGCGAGGAAUGUGUUUCCGAACAAAGAAAUUCAGAGGAAUCAGAAAUACACGUUCAGACAGACGAGGAGGCUGUGGAGUCUUCAUCACCUGCAGAAAAAGAGAUUUUACUCCAGGAUGAGUCCCUUGACCAAAAAGAUAAAUCUGAUCAGAAACAAAUAAGCACCUCUGACAUUGCUACACCUGAACAGUCGGCGCCAGAGGCUGUGAAGGAUGCAGGGAGCAUAGAAAAUGUUCAAGAAAGCAAAGCAGGAGAAGAUGAUGUCUUUGUCUUCCCUGAACCAAAACAAUCUGACAGCAACACAGAAAUCCACCAGGAAACCAAAGAUCCUCCUGAGCUUAGCGACAGCAGCCAGGAGCUAGGCUUUGUACGCCACAGCAGUCGCUCCUCUGGCGAUUUCCGCCUGCGGAAGUCCUCCGUCUCACGUAGCUCGACACGCAGACUCUCAGAGGAUCUCUUCAGCGGUGCAGAGAAAGCGAAGCAAUCCCACUUCAGCACCACUCAACCAGAAUCACAGCCUGAGGAAUCGAAAUCAGAACAAACCGUUCCUCAAGUUGCUGAUGAUGCAGCGGCACAGCAGGCAGAAACCCCCAAGCGCUUCGGACUCUUCCGCAAACUGAAAGGAGAGCAGCCCGAGAAGGCCAAACAGAAGAAGAAGAAGGCCAAAAUGCAGGUACCCAAAAUCCUGAUUCAGGACUUCAGUGACGUGACGCCAGCAGCUGAGCCGGCCCAGGAAGACACGGAGGAGAAACUGAGCUCCAGGGAGAGGAGGCGGCGGCGCAGGGAGCAGGAUAGAAAGGAAAAGGAAGAGGAGAAGUUAAAAAAGAAGAAAGAGAAGGAAAAAGACAGGGAGCGGAGGAAACCCCAGACCAGGGGAAAAAGUUUUCAAGCCCAGAAGGAGAAAGUUUGUGAAGAUGUUGCUCAUCCUGCUAAGGCCGGCUCACAGAUCCAUAGACACUCUGUUUCUUAUGCUGAAUCUUACUUUUAA